AUGCCUUCUCUUGGUCACAACCAGAGGAGCAGCAUAUUAUCUGCUGCUCCGUACGAAGAUGCCGUCAUGCCAGUCGCUAUCAUUGGGAUAUCAGGGCGCUUUCCUGGUGACGCAGAAAACCCGCAGAAACUCUGGGAUAUGAUAUCCGAGGGCAGAAGUGCUGCUUCUAGGAUUCCACCUGACCGAUUCAAUAUCGACGCAUUCUAUCAUCCAAGCACGGAACGCUAUGGGACUAUGAAUUUCAAAGAAGCUCAUUUCAUGAAGAGAGAUAUAUCAGCAUUUGACGCCCCCUUUUUUAACAUCCCUGUUGCAGAGGCCAAGGCGAUGGAUCCUCAACAGCGUAUGGCUCUCGAAUGCACAUAUGAAGCAUUAGAGAAUGCCGGAAUUCGCAUGGAAGAUGUAGCAGGGUCUGACACGUCGGUCUAUGUUGGUACAUUCACGAAGGACUAUAACGAUAUGUUGUCGCAUGAUCGCGACAACCUCCCCAUGUACCACGCUACAGGAACAGGCCUUGCUAUGUUGUCAAACAGGGUCUCUUGGUUUUUCAAUAUGAGGGGCCCUUGUAUUAGUAUCGACACUGCUUGCUCAUCGUCAAUGGCAGCCCUUCACCUUGGCUGCCAAAGUCUUCGUACAGGCGAAUCGAAACUGUCUGUUGUCGGUGGAACCAAUUUAAUGAUAAUACCAGAUGUCAUGAGUGGAAUGACUCGACUACAUUUCUUGAGUCCAAAAGGGAAAUCACACUCUUUUGAUCACAAAGCUGAUGGCUAUUCUAGAGGCGAAGGAGCCGGAUUCUGUAUCUUAAAACCACUUCACCUGGCCGUUAGGGAUAAUGAUGUAAUUCGAGGUGUUAUCCGUAACUCGGGGAUUAAUCAAGACGGAAACACUCCUGGAAUUACGUUGCCGUCAGCAGAGGCGCAGGAGACAUUAAUUCGAAAGGUUUAUGCAGACGCCGGCCUGAGUUUAGGGGAUACAACUUAUGUCGAAGCCCAUGGUACUGGAACAGCAGCCGGCGACCCAGUUGAGGCUUCCGCGCUUUCUGCUACUUUUGGAAAAGCUAGAGCCCCUGGGGAUCCCCUUUGGAUAGGGUCUAUAAAAUCAAAUGUUGGACACUUGGAAGGCGGUUCUGGUCUUGUGCAGGUAAUAAAGGGUAUAUUGAUGUUAGAAAAGGGGGAGAUUGCACCGACUAUCUGGUAUGAAAAGCCCAACCCACGAAUUCCGAUGGAAGACUGGAAUCUCGCGAUUCCAACGGAGCUUAUGCCUUGGCCGAAAGACGGACUGCGUCGCAUUAGUAUUAAUUCGUUCGGCUAUGGUGGAACUAAUAGCCACUGCAUAAUUGACGAUGCAUACCAUUACUUGAAAGCCCGGGGUCUAUCUGGAAAUCACAAUGUCCAGGUUCUCAAUAGAUCAUCACCAGCUUCAAGCCCCGAUUCUGGCAUUGACACAACUCAUGAUGUUGACAUGAUGGGCCAGCUUAGCGACGGGACUAAACAGUGGAGAUCUCUGGAAGGACUUUUGGGAGGUCGGUUUGAGUCGAGCCUGUCUCCGGUUCCAAAACUUCUUGUCUGGAGUUCACAUGACCAGGCCGGUAUUUCGCGAAUUUCAAACGGGUAUGGUGCAUACCUCGAUGCCAAACUUAAGGAGACCUCUACUGAAGCAAUCGAGGGGAAUCAUGAUAAAAAGCUCCUUUGUAGACUCGCGCGUACCCUCGCUGGACGACGCAGCAUCCUUCCCUGGAAGUCAUUUAUUAUCGCAACAUCGUGUAAAGAAGCUUCUACAGAAUUAAGAAAACCUCUUAGAAGUGUCCGAUCUAAUAAUACCAAGACCGCACUAGCUUUGGCAUUCGUCUUCACUGGUCAAGGUGCACAGUGGUACGCCAUGGGGCGUGAGCUUCUAGCGCUUCCUGUGUUUAGAGAAAGUCUUGAAGGAGCAGGGAGAUACUUCGUACAAUUGGGAGCGCCUUGGUCACUAAUGACUGAGAUCUGGAAAGACGAGAGCACGUCGAGGUUGGACUCAGCAGACCUUAGCCAGCCUAUAUGUACCGCGCUUCAAGUGGCACUGGUAGACUUGCUGAGGAUGUGGAAGAUCUUCCCUACAGCCGUCGUUGGGCAUUCAAGCGGUGAGAUCGCAGCGGCCUAUGCUAAAGGAGCACUCGCACGCGACGAUGCUUGGGCAAUCGCCUACCACCGCGGCCAUCUCUCGAACUGUAUUCGGGGCUUCGCUCCACAACUACAGGGCUCUAUGCUAGCCGUUGGGCUUGGAAAUAAAGAAGUACGAGAAUAUCUUACACGUGUCACUGAAGGUGAGGCUACUAUUGCCUGUAUCAACAGUCCCUCUAGUGUGACCCUAUCAGGAGACUCCGUAGCCAUAACCCAGCUAGAGAAGCUACUGAAGGACGAUGGUCAUUUCGCAAGGAAGCUAAAAGUGGACGUCGCCUACCACUCGCCACAUAUGCAGGUCAUUGCGGACAAGUACUAUCGAGCUAUUAGUGAAAUCACACCCCUUCCCGAAGGCCGGAGCACGGUGAAGAUGUUUUCAUCUUUGACCGGAAACCUGGCCGAGAAUUCCGAAUUUGGACCUUCGUAUUGGGUAGCUAAUAUGAUCGGCCAAGUCAACUUUACCGGAGCGGUUGAAAGUAUGGUUACUUAUUCGGGAGAAAAUAGUAGGGGGCGGGCAAAAAAGGGGUUUGUCAAGAACUUCAUCGAGCUUGGCCCCCAUUCUGCCCUUAAAGGUCCGUUGGAUCAAAUUCUAGGCCAGGAUACGCUCAAAUCGUACGCGGCGGGCUACACGUACCAAUCGGCAAUUAUAAGAGGCUCAAACGCAUGCGAAACUGCAUUUACCGUCGCGGGCAAAUUGUACCAGUCCGGGUACCCUGCGGACAUUAACGCUGUCAAUGAGCAGAACCCGUCCGAGGACUUUCUGGUCGAUCUACCACCUUUCAGCUGGAACCAUAGUGCUAAGUAUUGGACAGAAUCGUUAUUAUCAAAAGCGCAUAGGUUCCGGGACAGUCCCAGGAAGGAUCUCCUUGGUGUGGCAACUCCCGAGCUUUUGGUUAAUGAACCACGGUUCCGUAAUACUCUUCGGGUAACGGAGGUGCCUUGGAUAGAGCAACAUAAGGUACAAGGCUCUAUACUCUACCCUGCUGCUGGUAUGAUGGUUAUGGCUAUCGAGGCUAUGUUUCAUAACGCUACUAAAGAUCGUGAAAUUGAUAGCUACGAGCUUCGAGAUGUUAUCGUUGGUAAGGCUAUCGUGGUUCCUAAUGAUGAAGACGGUGUCGAGACUAUGCUCUCAAUCAAGCCUCACCGCACUGGAUCGCGAGCUCUCACUUCAACCUGGGAGGAAUUUCAAGUUUAUUCACGCCAAGAAGCAUGGGAACUAAACUGCUCAGGUUUGAUCCGCAUAAACUAUAAAGAGGUUCCCAACGCAUUUUUCCAUGAUGAGGGUGUACUACUUGCAGCGAACCAUGCAGAACAAUACCAUCGCAUCCAAGAAAAACACUCCCGGGCCCAAAAUCCGCGGCAAUUCUACGAGCACCUUGAUUCUAUCGGUCUUCAAUACGGCCCUGUUUUCCAGAACUUAACCGAGAUAAAGAAGGGUAACUUCUGGAGUGUCUGUAAGCUAAGGAUUCCUGACACGAAGAGCCUCAUGCCUCAUAACUUCGAGUAUCCUCACAUUAUCCACCCCGCUACACUAGAUAGUAUGAUCCACAUGGCUUUGCCGUCAUACACCAAGGUGAACGAGGAUAUUACUUCGGCCAUGGUACCGACAAGUAUCAGUCGAUUAAUAGUGUCAGCGGAUGUCCCGAAUCGACCCGGUGUAGUCUUGUCUGGCUACUCUCAACGGAAUAAGUUGGAUUCUGGAGAUGAUGAAUGGUCCAUUUUCGUGGCUGACACUCAGUGGGACAAACCACUUGUCACUUUUGAAGGUAUAAAAUGCGCUGUCGUUCAUGAUGCUAACGAGGACGAUGUCACUCCCGCCCAGUCCCUACAAAAGCUCGCGACGGUCUUCGAAUGGAAACCGGAUGUAUCUCUUCUGGAUCGUCGACAAAUCGAAAAUAUCAGUAUUAAUGCUGCUAAGCAAGUCGUUAACCCCCACCGCAAAAUUCUAGAAGAACUUGAAAUUGCUAGUUUAAUCUAUAUCAAGCGCAUUGUGAACGAGCUCUCUUUACCUGAAGUCGAAGGCCUCGGGUGGAAUCUUAAGCUGUUUUACAACUAUAUGCACAAACGUUAUGAUAUGGGUAAGAAACGCCAGCUCUGCUACCAAACUUCAGACUCCAAUUGGUUGGACUUGGGAGAGAAGGCCGAGUCUGAGCUAUUGGACCGCGUGUCUAAGUCUUCUUCGGAUGGUGCUAUCCUGUGUGCACAUGGCGAACAUCUCCCACAGAUUUUCCGCGGGCAAAUACCGCCUUUGCAAGUUCUGAUGAACAACGACCUUCUUCAUAACUGGUACAAAUAUUCCCUGGGCACAGAGCGGCACAACUGCCAGAUGGCAGCUUAUAUUCAGUUGCUAGCGCAUAAGAAUCCUAACAUGAAUAUUCUCGAAGUAGGCGGGGGUACCGGUGGCGUGAGCUUACCUAUACUUGAAUCACUCGGUGGUUCCCACGAUACCUCGCCGCACUUCACGAAGUAUACCUUCACUGACAUAAGCACCGGUUAUUUCGAAAAGGCUAUCGAGAAGCUGGCAUCCUGGACUCCGUUUAUGGAGUUUAGAAAACUUAACAUUGAACAGGACCCUGCUUCACAAGGAUUCAAGGAGUACACUUACGAUCUGAUCGUCGCGUCGAACGUGCUACAUGCAACGAGAUCUCUCUCACAAACCUUAAAGCAUGUCCAUAAAUUAUUGAAGCCAAAUGGGAAAUUAAUCCUCAGAGAAAUCACGGAACCAGCUGGGAAAAUGAGAACGCACAUGAUUGUGGGUUCACUUGAAGGCUGGUGGUAUGGCGAGGGGGACGGACGUCACGAAGGACCAUGUCUAACCGUAGAUAAAUGGAAUAACCUUAUGCUCGACGUAGGAUUUUCCGGCGUAGAGAUUAACUUCCCAGAUUUCGAAGAGAGUAUAGAUCUGACAAAUUCAGUCAUGGUCACUACUGCCACUGCAUCUAAACCCCUGGAUACAUCGCAAGAAGUCAUGAUCGUUCUACCAACAACUCCCGAGCAGGAGACAUCUAACUUUGCAGAGAAUAUCGCAUCGAAGAUGAGGGGUGCCGGUCGCGACGUGGUAACUAUGAGAUUGCAAAACACAACUGGUGUCAAUGUGAAGAACAAAUCGUGCCUUAUUUUGGUCGAUGUUAAGAGACAUGAAGGCUUCCUUCCAAAUGUAUCCACGGAGGACUGGGAUGCCCUUAAACACCUUCUCUUUUCUUCCCGAACCGCUACAUACGUAACACGGGGCGGUACUGUCGACAGCGAGAACCCUCAGUCUAACCUUAUGACCGGCUUAUCAAGAGUGAUUCGCGCCGAGAAUCCUACUAUUUCUCUUUCUACACUGGAUCUGGACCCUAAUGUUGCAAUCAAUACCGACGAGACGAUCGCUACAGUUAUUAAAGUAUUCACAGCGUUAAUGAAUUCUAAGGGCCUAGAGCGCCCUGAUUGGGAGGUCGCUAUAAGGGAUGGGGUUCCAAUGAUUCAGAGGAUCGUCCUCGAGAGGGGUGUAAAUGAUCUGAUCAAAACAUUACACGUCGCUGCUCAGCCCGAACCAGCCCCUUUCAAGCAAGGGGGUCGCCCGUUAACGCUUCAGAUCGGGUCACCGGGAAGGCUUGAUACGUUGCGAUUCGUGGACGAUCCUACUGCGUUAGUACCGCUUUCUGACUACGGGAUUGAAAUUGAAAUCAAGAGCGCAGGUCUUAACUUCAAGGACGUCAUGAUAGCAAUGGGCCAGCUCUCACAGCAUGAACUCGGCCUUGACGCCAGUGGUGUUGUGAGCCGUGUCGGCCACAAAGUCAAGGCGUUUCGGCCCGGGGACAAGGUGAUGACUUGGAAGAAAGGAACGUUCAGAAAUUACAUCAGAACAGACGAGUCCAUGGUCCAAUUAAUUCCUCAAAACUUCGACUUUAAUGUGGCAGCUUCGGUUCCGCUCGUAUAUAGCACCGCAUACUACGCCCUGGUCAAUGUUGGAAAUAUACAAAAGGGCGAGACGAUCCUGAUCCACAGCGCAGCCGGUGGUUUCGGACAAGCUUCUAUUGCGCUUGCCCAGCACUUUGGCGCCGAGGUCUUUGCCACGGUCUCGUCACGCGAGAAGAAGCAGCUAUUGAUAAAUACGUAUAAUGUUCCCGAAGACCACAUUUUCAACAGCCGUGACGUGAGUUUCGCACAGGCGGUUAAGCGGCAUACCAGUGGGCGCGGCGUGGAUGUCUUAUUAAACUCUCUCGCCGGCGACGCGUUAAGGGAAUCAUGGCACUGCGUCGCACGAUUUGGCCGAUUCGUUGAAUUGGGCCAAAAAGAUAUCGUUGGAAACACUGGACUGGACAUGGCGCCGUUUAUCAAGAACAUGUCCUUCCACUCUGUUAACAUGAUCGACCUUAUGGACCAUGACAUCCUCACCACGGCAAGGGUGUUCCGCGAGGUCAUGGGCCUGAUCCGUGCGGGUAUCGUAAAGCCUCUCACGCCGAUCACCACUAUGCCCUUCUCGAGGGUGGAAGAAGCUUUUAGACUCAUGCAGACUGGCAAACACGUCGGUAAGCUCGUGAUAGAAGCUGUGGAUGGUGAUGUCAUCCAAGCCAUCCCACCAGGUACGGCUCCAGUGCACUUCCAUCCUGAUGCAACAUACGUGAUCGUAGGCGGUACAGGUGGUCUAGGUGGCUCCAUCGCCAACUGGAUGGCAGAAUCUGGUGCAAAGAAUAUCCUCCUUCUGUCUCGUUCAGGGGCCAGCAAGGCAUCUGUCCCAGGCUUGUUAGCUCAACUCACUGGUCAAGGGGUCAAAGCAGACGCAUGGGCGUGCGAUGUAGCAGAUGAAAGCCAACUACUAGGAUGUCUAGAUAGAUGUAAGAUCGAGAAUUGGCCUGCUAUUCGUGGUGUCAUACAGGGUGCCAUGGCGCUUAGGGACGGUAUUUCUCAGACCAUGUCGUCGGACCAAUUCCUUGCUGCAACCCGAAGUAAGGUCCAAGGGAGCUGGAAUUUACACAGUUACCUACCCAACGACCUCGACUUCUUCGUAAUGCUUUCAUCUAUCGCCGGCAUUGGCGGCUCCCGUGGCCAAGGCAACUACGCAGCCGGUAAUACAUACCAAGACGCUUUAGCCCAUCACCGACGCAAGCUCGGCCUUAACGCGUGCGCCAUAGACGUCGGCAUGGUGCUAGGUGUCGGCUUCCUAGCCGAGGAGACGACAGAUUACCGCGUCUUCGAAAAUAUGCAGAGCUGGAUCGUCAUCGGUAUUUUAGAGAAGGAGUUCCUCAGCAUCCUACAAGCCGCCAUCACGGGCGAGAGCUUCAACGGCGCACGUGUGCCUCCACAGGUCAUCACCGGCCUCGGAACGGGUGGCAUACUACUACACGGCGCAAAGGAGGAGCCGUACUACUACAAGGACGCCAAGUUUGCGCACCUCGCAGAGGUCGACAUACACCAGCUCGCGAAGGUGACGCAUGAGGACACGGUGCAGCUGCGCGUGCAGCUCGCGCAGGCAAGCAGCCUCGAGCAGGCGACUGAUAUCGUCGCAGACGCCCUAGUGAAGAAGCUCGCCAAGUCUAUGAUGAUAGCGGCUGAGGACAUUGAAGUCACGAGGCCGGUGAGCAGCUACGGCGUCGACAGCUUACUUGCCGUCGAGCUACGGGCUUGGGUUUACUCGGAGUUGCAGUCGGAUAUCUCCGUGUUCGACCUGCUGAGCAAGACGGCGCUCACGUCGCUUGCGAAGAAGAUAGCCUCGGGCUCGAAGGCGAUGCCGGAUAUGCUGAGGGCUGAGGAGUAA